UUUGUAUUCCCAUUUACUCACACUAUCUGACCCAGCUCAUAGUUAACCUUUCUCCCUCAUGGCGCCACUUGACAAGCGAGGAUUCCGGCGCCAUCGGGACCUUGCUCUGGCCACCCCACCUCCAGCCCAAAAUCGAGACCCCAACUCGAGCAUCGGAUGGACAGGAUGACGAGAUCCGCCGCAUGAUCCCGAUGCUCGGCGAAUCCAAGAAUACGUACCUGCUGGUCACCGACGAGACCACCAAUCAGCCAGUGGCGUAUACCUGGUGGGCGCACAACAAGGGCCAGACCAAGGCUCAGUGGGAAGAGGGCUAUGCCAACCGAUAUCGCCCCCCUACGAUGAACGGUGCCCUAAUGGAUGCCACCGGGGGAGCCCGGUAUCUGAAGCGGGCAGAGCUGCUUGGGGAGAAAGACUUCUUCCACUUGAAAGAACUAUAUGUUCUUCCCAAAUACCAACGCCAGGGUCUUGGAGGACUGUUGGUGGGAUGGGGGGUUCGGAAAGCAGAUGAACUUGGCUUGCCGGCCUACACGGAAGCCUCCCCGGAAGGCUUGGGAUUGUAUCUCAAGCAUGGAUUCCAGGAGGUUGAUCGAGUGACGGUGGAUUUGGAGGAAUGGGGUGGCCCAAAGGGAGAUUUUAGUUCCUAUGGGCUUUUGUACCGAGAACCCCAACCGGUUUACUGACGGUGCGGGUGUACUAGGUGUUCUUGUCUGUCUUUUUGGCUUGAAAUAUUGCCAGAGGGGAUCUACAAAACACGUCAUAUCAGCCGCCUGCGACUUACAAUUGUGUCGUUCAAAGUACUAAUGAGUUGAGGGAUAUCAUCAUACUUGACUGUCUCUUUGUUUAGCUCUCGUGAGCCAAUAAGUAGAGAGGUUGGCAGUGUCCGGGCAUCCUC